ACUCUGAAAGCCACCGAGAAGCCAACUGACGCUCGCUGGAGCAGGCAGCAGCAUGCAGCCGCUGUCAAGCCCUUGCCGAAGCACGCUGGUGGCGCUAACCCUCGCCUGCUGUUUGAUGAGGGUCCAGGGAGAAGAGCCGGAAUUCGCACAGGCUGGGGCCACUCCGCCACACUUGGGGGCCGAGGAGAUAAUGACGCCCCCCACUAAAAUAUCCUGGGGCUCCAACGGCAGCCUGCCUCAGUCAUCAGCACCUCCCCAGAUGCCUAAAAGAGGGAAGCCUGGGGGAGUCGCUCCACGUGCCCUCUCCCCGCCCCCAUGCGAAGGUUCCAUCGAGAUCAAGAGGACUUUCAAGUACAUCAACACAGUCGUGUCUUGCCUGGUGUUCGUGCUGGGCAUCAUCGGAAACUCCACACUGCUGAGAAUUAUUUACAAAAACAAGUGUAUGCGAAAUGGCCCUAAUAUCUUGAUAGCCAGCUUGGCUCUGGGAGACCUGCUGCACAUCAUUAUUGACAUCCCCAUCAAUGUCUACAAGCUGCUUGCAGAGGACUGGCCCUUUGGAGCUGAGAUGUGUAAGCUUGUGCCUUUCAUACAGAAGGCCUCUGUGGGAAUCACUGUGCUGAGUCUAUGUGCUCUAAGUAUCGACAGAUAUCGAGCUGUUGCUUCUUGGAGUCGAAUUAAAGGUAUUGGAGUUCCAAAGUGGACAGCAGUAGAAAUUGUUUUAAUUUGGGUGGUCUCAGUGGUUCUGGCUGUCCCUGAAGCCAUGGGCUUUGAUUUGAUUACCAUUGACUACAAAGGAAGUUAUCUGCGAAUCUGCUUGCUUAAUCCCACCCAGAAAACAGGCUUCAUGCAGUUUUACAAGACAGCUAAAGACUGGUGGCUGUUUAGUUUCUAUUUCUGCUUGCCAUUGGCCAUAACUGCAUUUUUUUAUACCCUGAUGACAUGUGAAAUGUUGAGAAAGAAAAGUGGCAUGCAGAUUGCCUUAAAUGAUCACUUAAAGCAGAGACGGGAAGUGGCCAAGACAGUAUUUUGCCUAGUCCUUGUCUUUGCCUUGUGUUGGCUUCCCCUUCACCUCAGCAGGAUUCUGAAGCUCACUCUUUAUGAUGAGAAUGACCCCAACAGAUGUGAACUUUUGAGCUUUUUGUUGGUCUUGGACUAUAUCGGCAUCAACAUGGCCUCCCUGAAUUCCUGCAUUAAUCCAAUAGCUCUGUAUUUGGUGAGCAAAAGAUUCAAAAACUGUUUUAAGUCAUGCUUAUGCUGCUGGUGCCAGUCAUUUGAAGAAAAACAGUCCUUGGAGGAAAAGCAGUCGUGCUUAAAGUUCAAAGCUAAUGAUCACGGAUACGACAACUUCCGUUCCAGUAAUAAAUACAGCUCAUCUUGAAAG